AUGCUCGUAUCGGGAAGUCACAAUAAGCCUUUGGCCGAACAACGACGAAUUAGACGAACGAAUCACCCACCAACCGGAUUUGAACGAGUAUUGGAUCAUCUUCUUAGCAAUGAUGAUCGUUAUUUAAGGAUCGAGUCGACACGAACGUCUAUCAAUUUUAACCGAACGAAAUUUCCGCAUUUCGGUAAUGGAAUGUCGAGAGAUGCUAAUCGUACGGCAAGAAGGUUUCACUCGGGCCAAAUAGAAGUCUCGCUUAAGAAAUAA